ACCAUCGUUAUGAUUCCGGGGGAAACAGCGAGUGAGAACCAUAGCGUUCCGCGGCGGAGAGGUCGUGUAAACAGCUCCUCGCGCACUCCGCUCAGUGAUGAUUUAAACGCUAAAGCCGUGAUUUUAAUCUCUCCGAGCUCCGCUUAGUACGAGAAGUCGGUCUCUCCAUGCUGCUGAGGCGCAUUGGGGCGCUGGGUGGGGGCGCGGCUCGGUGCGGGCUCUCUCUACGGAGAGCGGCUCCGCUCCGGCCCGCUCUCUCCUUCACCCAGAGUCGCGGCCGCGCUGCCGCUCCGCCCGGAGACACGGCUCAGCCAGCCGGCAACAACCGGCCCGGAGAUCACCGGCACACUGUGCUGCUGCCCCGAACCAGCUUCCCCAUGAAACUCACCGGCCAGGAGCUGCUGGAGCGGGAGCUGCAGAUCCAGCGGGAAUGUGCUUUCGACCAGCUGUACGCCUGGCAGAGAGACAGGAAGGCGAAGAAGGAGUUCUGUCUUCAUGACGGACCUCCCUAUGCUAAUGGAGACGCUCAUGUUGGUCAUGCUCUCAACAAGAUUCUUAAAGACAUUCAUAAUCGCUUUGAAAUGCUGAGAGGGAGGAAGGUGCACUAUGUCCCGGGCUGGGAUUGCCAUGGACUGCCCAUCGAGCUGAAGGCACUGGGGGAGCUGCAGACCAAAGACCUGACCCCUCUACAGAUCAGACAGAAAGCACGGGAGUUUGCAGAGGGGGCAAUAGCGCGUCAGCGGGCGGCGUUCCAGCGAUGGGGUGUGAUGGCCGACUGGCAGAACUGUUACUACACCUUUAACGGGCAGUACGAGGCCGCGCAGCUGCGGGUCUUUGAGGACAUGCACAGCAAGGGUUUGAUUUAUCAGGACUACAAGCCUGUCUUCUGGUCUCCUUCAACCAGGACGGCGCUGGCAGAAGCUGAGUUGGAGUAUAAUGCUGAGCAUGUGAGCAAGGCUGUAUACGCUACUUUCCCCUUGACCACACUGCCAUCUAAACUAGUGUCAAGCUUAGAGGCUUCGGGUAAAGUAUCUGUGCUGGUGUGGACAACACAGCCGUGGACAAUACCGGCCAACCAGGCCGUCUGCUUCAUGCCCAAAGCCCAGUACUCUUUGGUGAAGAGAACAGAUAAUGAGCAGCUCCUCCUAGUGGCCACUGAGAGAAUUGCCAGUCUGACCUCUGCACUGGGCACUGACCUGCAGAGCCUGGCCACGUUCAUAGGGUCUGAUCUGGAGGGUGGAGUCUGCCAGCAUCCCACCAUCUCUGGCAAAGAGGUGCCACUAUUGCCAGCUAAUCAUGUGACCAUGGCCAAAGGUACCGGAUUGGUCCACACUGCUCCUGCCCACGGCAUGGAGGACUACAGCGUGGCCACUCACUUCAACCUGCCUGUGGAGUGUAUAGUAGAUGAGGAGGGGAGGUUUACAGAGCUGGCUGGUGCUGAACUACAGGGACAGUCCGUGCUUGACGAAGGCACUUCUACAGUGAUAUCUAUGCUGAGGGCUGCCGGCGCGUUGGUGAAAGAGGAGGAGUGUGUGCACAGUUACCCGUACGACUGGAGGAGUAAGAAGCCAGUGGUCAUCAGAGCCAGCAAACAGUGGUUCAUAAACACAGCCAACCUUAAAGACAAGGCCAAGGAAGUGCUGCAGAAGGUGCGGGUAAUGCCGGAGUCCGCGAGGGCCAGUCUCUUAGCCAUGCUGGACAGACGGACGUACUGGUGUAUCUCCCGCCAGAGGAGCUGGGGCGUUCCUAUACCCGUGUUCUACCACAAAGAGACGAGACAGCCACUCAUAAACAAAUACACAGUGGCUCACAUAGCCAAGGUAUUUGCAGAGAAAGGAAGUGACAGCUGGUGGGAGGAGCCUCUGGAAACGCUGCUUCCUCCGGAUGUGCUCAAGAAGAGUAAAGCAGGUGCAGUGACGGAUUACGAACGUGGGGAGGACGUUCUGGACAUCUGGUUUGACAGUGGAACGUCCUGGGCUGCUGUACUACAGGAGGCUGACCCGCGUGCAGAUGUGUAUGUGGAGGGGAAAGAUCAGCUUGGUGGCUGGUUCCAGUCGUCUCUCCUAACUAGCGUGGCUGUGCGCAACAAAGCACCUUACAAGGCACUGGUGGUCCACGGCUUUGCGGUCAGUGAGAAAGGAGAGAAGAUGUCCAAGUCACUGGGAAACGUGGUGGACCCUGACAUCGUCAUCAACGGAGGAACGGAUCUAGCAGCAUCUCCUGCUUAUGGUGCAGACGUGUUGAGGUGGUGGGUCGCAGAGUCCAACGUGUUCUCCGAAGUCCAGAUUGGCCCUAAAGCACUGAACUCAGCCAGAGAGAGCAUUAACAAGCUGAGGAACACUCUGAAGUUCUUGCUGGGAAACCUGCAGGGUUUUGACCCUCGCACUCAAGCUGUGGAUUCCAAAGACAUGCACUACAUCGACCAGUACCUGCUGCACCUGCUCAGAGAAUACAGCAUCAAGGUGGCCGAUGCCUACAGUGAGUUUGACUGUGGUCGAGCGAUCCGCCUUCUCCAGGCCUUCAUCACCAGAGACCUGUCCAACUUUUACUUCAGCAUCAUCAAAGACAGGCUGUAUUGUGAUGCAGAGAACUCUGUGGGAAGGAGGUCAUGUCAGACGGCUCUAGAGGAGAUUUUGGACGGUGUGACACGGUCCAUCGCACCCAUCCUGCCUCACCUGGCCGAAGAGGUGUACCAGCAUGCACCUGGGCAUGAUGAAGGUGAGACUCUGUUCCAGAGCGGUUGGAUUAAAAGCAGUUCGGUGUGGCGGAAGCCAGGAUUGGAGGAGGCAGUUGAGGGGGCGUGUGCUAUCAGAGACUCUUUCCUGUCCUCAAUCCCCGGACGCAACGCAGUGGAAUAUGAUCUCACCAUCGCCAUCGAACCCGGCCUUCUCUUCGAGCUCAUGGAGUCUCUGCAGGAGGAGCCCACCUCUACCUCGUCUCAGCUGACGGAGCUGAUGAUGGCGUCUCGCACCACGCUGACCAGCGAGCUGCCCAGGGACUUACCGUCUGACACCAUCACCAACAGCGGGAGCUUCCUCAUCAACCUGGAGGGUGGCGUUAUCCGUGAGGACAGUGCAUACACUAUAGCAGCAGUCCCCAUCUCUCUCUCCCGCUGUCCUCGGUGUCGCCGCUACACAUCAGACACCCCCGAAUGCCUUUGUCCACGAUGCCAAACUGUCCUUGGACACACCCAGUAAAUGCCUCACGUCGCCAUGACAACCGCACAGCGACUGCUUCGCCUGCUUCGGCUGUGGCAAUCUGUGGAAAGCGAGGACUUCCGUGGACCAAUGAGGACUGUGGAACUCUCCUUAUGGACUGUUCCUGAUGUGGAGCUGGAUGAGGACACGGGCGAGUGUUUGAGUAAUGCUGGAUUUGUGUCCAUGCUGUUAGGAAUGCUGCACACUGUACUAUAUAAGACUCAGGACACCUGAGAAAAUUAUAUCCGAGGCUGUUUGUUUGGGCAGUGAGCCUUUAUUUUCUUGGAAAAACACUAUUAGACUAAAUACAAAUGAACACUAAUGAAGUGAUUUGAUUUGAUUUCUAUUGGUAUGUUACCUUAACCAUUCCCAAGUCUCUCACAGAGACAGUAACUAAUGAUACAAAUUCUUGAUGCUUUUUAAUGUAUUAAUGUUUAUUUGUAUUUAGUAUUUAGUCUAAUUAUAUAGUGCUUGCACA